AGGAAAACAAAUCUUUAAAGAGCCGCUCUUUAUUUUAGAGUAUUCGUGAACGUUCGUAAGACAGUCGAAAGGGCUGUAGCAUUACCGUCCGUACCCAUAGCCAUAGCUGGGGCGGUAGUAGCUGUUGUGUCUGUAUCCGAAUCCGGGCUCAGCACUCCUCUUGCCGAUGUAAUGACCGCCAUGGCCAUAGCUGGGGCGGUAGUAGUGGGUGUUGUGUCCGUAUCCGAAUCCAGGCUCAGCCUCAGCCUCGGGCUCAGCGCUCCUCUUGCCGAGGUAAUGACCGCCAUGGCCAUAGCUGGGGCGGUAGUAGUGGGUGUUGUAUCCGUAUCCGAAUCCAGGCUCAGCCUCAGCUUCGGGCUCAGCGCUCCUCUUGCCGAUGUAAUGACCGCCAUGGCCAUAGCUGGGGCGGUAGUAGCUGCUGUGUCCGUAUCCGAAUCCGGGCUCAGCCUCAGCUUCGGGCUCAGCGCUCCUCUUGCCGAUGUAAUGACCGCCAUGGCCAUAGCUGGGGCGGUAGUAGUGGGUGUUGUAUCCGUAUCCGAAUCCAGGCUCAGCCUCAGCUUCGGGCUCAGCGCUCCUCUUGCCGAUGUAAUGACCGCCAUGGCCAUAGCUGGGGCGGUAGUAGUGGGUGUUGUAUCCGUAUCCGAAUCCGGGCUCAGCCUCAGCUUCGGGCUCAGCGCUCCUCUUGCCGAGGUAAUGACCGCCAUGGCCAUAGCUGGGGCGGUAGUAGUGGGUGUUGUAUCCGUAUCCGAAUCCAGGCUCAGCCUCAGCUUCGGGCUCAGCGCUCCUCUUGCCGAUGUAAUGACCGCCAUGGCCAUAGCUGGGGCGGUAGUAGUGGGUGUUGUAUCCGUAUCCGAAUCCAGGCUCAGCCUCAGCUUCGGGCUCAGCGCUCCUCUUGCCGAUGUAAUGACCGCCAUGGCCAUAGCUGGGGCGGUAGUAGCUGCUGUGUCCGUAUCCGAAUCCGGGCUCAGCCUCAGCCUCGGGCUCAGCGCUCCUCUUGCCGAUGUAAUGACCGCCAUGGCCAUAGCUGGGGCGGUAGUAGCUGCUGUGUCCGUAUCCGAAUCCAGGCUCAGCCUCAGCUUCGGGCUCAGCGCUCCUCUUGCCGAUGUAAUGACCGCCAUGGCCAUAGCUGGGGCGGUAGUAGUGGGUGUUGUAUCCGUAUCCGAAUCCAGGCUCAGCCUCAGCUUCGGGCUCAGCGCUCCUCUUGCCGAUGUAAUGACCGCCAUAGCCAUAGCUGGGGCGGUAGUAGCUGCUGUGUCCGUAUCCGAAUCCGGGCUCAGCCUCAGCCUCGCUCAGCGCUCCUCUUGCCGAUGUAAUGACCGCCAUAGCCAUAGCUGGGGCGGUAGUAGCUGCUGUGUCCGUAUACGAAUCCGGGCUCAGCCUCAGCCACGGGUUCGGCGCUCACUGCCAGAAGGCAGAAGCCCACCAGGACGGUAGCUACAGCCUGUGAGGAAG